AUGACAGCAGUUGAGGAAGGUUGUAUUGUACAUGAUCGAAAAUAUCUUUCAAAAUUUCAUGGAGCAAUUAAUCAACUUCGUCGAACAAAUCAAUUUAACGGUUUCACUCUAAAACGAUUACCAAAACGAUGCUGUUCGUGUCAAGUAAAAACUGGUUUACGUACAAUAGUCAAUCAAGUUCAAGUACAAAAUGAACACAAUCAUAUAGAUGGUCUCUGGGUAGUGAUUACCAUUGAGAAUAACAAUGGUAAUCCAAAUAAUAUGGAAAAUGUUAAACAGACAUUACAAGACGAAUGGAAAAAACUCGAUAGUACUAUAAAGAAUCGACCGGCAAAAAUUAUAUCUUCUGGAUUGGCAAUACUAUCAUCAGCAGAUAUAUCGGGAGAUGCUCGUUGGAAACCGAAGAGACAAAAAGAUAAAAAUAAAAGAAUACAAAAAGAAACUAAGAAACAAGAAGAAAUUCCACCACAACCAAUUGUUCGACCUAUAUCAAUGCCUAAAGAAAUUUCAAGAUCUCGAAAAUCAAAACGGUCAUAA